GAGUAUGUCCGAGUUCACCACAUGUCGGCAGUGCCGAAUCACAUUUUACCUCCUGGUGCAUGGAAGGCGGUGGUAGUUCAUUGGUACUUCUCAAGCAGAGAUCGCGGAUACAACUUUAGUCACGUAUCGGCUAUGCAGACAUUGGAAGCUUUGCAGCACGCCCUCUCCAGCAUGGACCCUCCUCAGCUUCGGGUCCUGGUGGUGUCGGGUGGGGUGGCUGUAGGUGGCCUGCUGAUGUUUUACCUGCUUCGUGGGAGGAAGGCCAGAACCAUCCCUCUGGGUGACGGCUGGUGGGGGCCGGGGGAGAAGCCACAAUCUGAGGAUGAAAAUAUUUAUCCCUUUUUGGUCAAAACGUCAGAUGAGGAAAUUCAGGACCUUUACAGACGCAUCGACCAGACCAGGUUCACUGACCCUCUGGAAGAUGGGUGCUUUCACUAUGGUUUCAACUCCGCCUACCUCAAGAGAGUGGUCUCCUAUUGGAGGGACCAGUUUGACUGGAGAGAGCAGGUCAAAGUCCUCAACAAAUAUCCACAUUUCAAAACUAAAAUUGAAGGACUGGAUGUGCACUUCGUCCAUGUGCGACCCCCCCACCUUCCCAGAGGGCAGGCCGCCCGCCCCUUGAUGCUGGUCCACGGUUGGCCGGGGUCCUUCUUUGAGUUCUACAAAAUCCUUCCCCUGCUGACUGAAGACCCAGAUGGCCUGGUUUUUGAUGUGAUCUGUCCCUCCAUCCCAGGUUAUGGCUUUUCAGAAGCUCCACACAAACAGGGAUUUAACUCUUUGGCUUGUGCGCGCAUCUUUCACAAACUGAUGGAACGGCUGGGCUAUUCCGAGUUCUACCUGCAGGGCGGCGACUGGGGCGCUCUCAUAACUACCAAUAUGGCCCAGAUGAAACCAGAGUGCGUGAGGGGCCUGCACCUGAACAUGUUUGCGGUGACCCAGGGAGGGCUUGGCAUGCUGCUGUCUCUGAUCAUUGGACCCUACCUGCCCUUCCUGGUGGGGUUUACCCGGGAGGACGUCAGGCGGCUCUUCCCCUACAUGGAGAAGAACGUGUACGAGAUUCUGAGGGAGUCUGGCUACAUGCACAUCCAGGGUACCAAGCCAGACACUGCAGGCUGUGGACUGAAUGACUCCCCUGUGGGCCUGGCGGCCUACCUCCUGGAGAAGUUCUCCACCUGGACUGACUUCCAGAACAGGAGCCUGGAGGAUGGGGGACUGGAGAGAAAGUAUUCUCUGGAUGAUCUCCUGACGAAUGUCAUGCUGUACUGGACCACCGGAUCUAUCGUCUCUUCGAUGCGCUUCUACAAAGAGAACCUGAGAGAAAACCCGAACAGUAGAGUGGACGGAAGGAUGGCCGUGUAUGUUCCAGUGGGACUGGCGGCAUUUCCCUGCGACCUGCUCCACUGCCCCCGGCCCUGGGCCCGUCGGAAGUACAAAAACAUCCGGUCCUAUUCCUACAUGCCCCGAGGGGGUCACUUUGCUGCCUUUGAGGAGCCUCAGCUACUCGCCGACGACUUCAAGCAGUUUGUCAAGAAAGUGGAGAACAUUUAGCCUCAUUAGCAUGUUCUCCCACUGGAGUGAAGAAUGCAAUUUCACUGGCAUUCAAUGAUUUAAUGAUGGAUUUGCACUUAUAACAAUAGUAUAGCAAUGUAUCACAAUGUUAAUCAUUGGUUUGAUCACCUGCUCUGCACUUACUGGUUGUGAACAUGUUUACUGUGCUUCCUGGUUGGUUAUGAAUGUGCCAACUGUGCCUCCUGAUUGGUUAGAAACUUGCUUAUUGUGUCUCCUGAUUGGUUAUAAACAUGACUAAUGUGCCUCCUGAUUGGUUAUAAACAUGCCUACUGUGCCUCUGUUAGUUUUGAACAGGUCUACUGUGCCUCUCAGUUGGUUAUGAACAGGCCUACAGUGCCUCCUGAUUAAAAUGUUUUUCUGUUUUUCCAAAUGAAUUACUUUGUAUUAGGGUCUGCUGAGUGCCAGUAAAGCAUUUCGUUAUAAACA